AUGGCGCUUUGUUUGCCUGGUGAUGAAGUACCGCUGCAACCUGGUUCUCUCCCAGGCCCUGGGGUAGCUCUCGAUACCGACAGUGGACGAGCAUUUGCCACGACAGCAGGAGUGUUGAGGACGCUGGGCGACGAAGUGCGCGUGGAAAAUCUUAGGAAGAGAUACAUUCCUCGCAAGGGAGAUUACAUUGUUGGGAUCAUUAUGUCGCGCAGUGCAGACUUUUACAAGGUCGAAAUACGCGCUCCUUCGCCGGCUUUUCUUCCCACACUUGCGUGGAACGGAGCCACGAAAAGAAAUCGGCCUUUGCUGGAGAUCGGCAUGCUGGUGUAUGCAAGGGUCGAGGCAGCGCAUCCGGACCUGGACACCGAAUUGUCGUGCGUGGACCCAGACACCAAAAAGUCAUGGAACACCGGUGAGGUGCUGCUGGGAGAGUUGAAGGGCGGCCUGAGUUUUGAGGUGACCCUCACUGCAGCACAACGGCUUCUAGCCAUCGACUGCUUCAUCCUGGAUCGCCUGGGCAAGGACUUUUCCUACGAGCUCUGCGUGGGCCAAAACGGGAGAGUUUGGUUGGUGGCGCCGACUGCCAGAGAGACAGUGCUUUUGCUGCAGGCCAUCAAACGGAGCUUUGGCAUGACCAAUGUACAAAUCGAGGCCAUGGUCGGCAAGAUGGUCGAAGUCUUCUCAUAG